UUAUUAAAACAAUCUUUUCCAUACAGUGUGCUGAAUGACAUGAUUUUUGUUAAGCAUUGACUUUUGGAUAUCGGAUUAUUAUUCAUUAUAUUCACACAAUCCACCUCUUAUCUGGACCAUGUACACAGAUGGAAAUAUAAGAACCUACCACUGUAUUCUUUUAUGCUGCAUAGUCCUUCUGUCUCAGAUUGGAAUUAUCAGUUGCAAGUGUCGACCGCCAAUAGAUCUAGAAAGUACUGCAGCACCUCUUACCAACACAAGCACGGAUGUAAAAGAUGAUGAAAUCUUUAAAGAUUGUGUCAACGGCAAAUGUGUUCAGGGAGGAACAUGUGAAUGUGAUCAGGGUUUUAAGGGAGAAUAUUGUGAUGAAUGUGGAGGAAGACUCCUAUUGAACGCUGAUUCUGGUUUUGUUUCUGAUGGAUUUAAAGACUAUGCCAAAGCUCGUGAAUGUUCAUGGUUAAUACAACCAGCAUCAGCAAGAAAUAGUUCUCUCCGUUUACGCUUCCUUGAAUUUGCGUCAGAAUGUGGAUGGGAUUAUCUUUACAUUUUUGAUGGGGAUUCAGCUUAUUCUCCUAUUUUGGCUACUUUUAAUGGACUUAUUAUUACUCAAGACCAAACUACUUCACAAAGGGAAAAGUUUCUUCCUGAAGUUGUAGCAACAUCUGGGUCUGCUUUUUUACAUUUUUUCAGUGACGUUGAAUAUGCCAUGAAAGGAUUUAAUAUAUCUUAUACAAUAGAUUCUUGUUCUCAAGAUUGUCUUGGACGGGGUUCAUGUACUGGCACUGGUUCCGAUGUUCAAUGUCAAUGUGAAACGUCAUGGACAGGUCAGGCAUGUGAAAAAGAAUCAUGUCCUUCAAAUUGCUCACAAACAACAAAUCAGGGUUCAUGUACCAACUCAAGUUCCAAUUACAAUAAUAUGUGUGAAUGCAAAACAGGAUAUCAAAGUGUUGAUUGCUCGGCAACUAUCCCUGCUAAGGAGGGUUUCUGGUAUCAACCACGAAGCAUUCCAACUUCUUUCAAUCUAGCGAGAGCAUCACAUACGAGUGUUGUUAUUGGUGACACAAUGUGGAUUUAUAGCGGUAUUCAAUUUGGGAAUUUACUAGACAAUGCUGAUUUUUAUACCUAUAACUUGACUUCUAAUGAAUGGAGUAUUGUUUCCACUGUUUCAACCAGCCCAUCCCAAAGGUAUGGCCAUUCCAUGAUUGCAUUCCAAAAUAAAUUGUUAAUAUUCGGAGGACGAGAUGUAUGGACAGAUCAGGUUAAAGACGAGCUUUGGGAGUUUAACAUCACCACAAAAAGGUGGACAAACGUACAAUACACUGUGGAUUUUAUCGAUACUUCCAACAACUCCACGACCUCACCUUUGACCUUAUGGGGCCACUCAGGAAAUUUAGUUCAACUCGAUAACGGACUUAACCUCAUGAUUGUGAUAUUUGGAUUUCACCCUUUAUUUGAAUAUAGCGGAUUCGUUUACGAGUAUAAUAUUGAUACUCAGACUUGGUCCAGGGCCAAUACAACAGGUGCCGAUGUUAGUGCUUCUUAUGGACAUUCGUCAGCUUGGGAUCCAGUGAAUAAAGUCAUAUAUAUUCACGGUGGAAUUUCACAUUUGAGAGCGUUGACAUCGACGUAUGGAAUAUCUGAUGCUGCUCAUUCUUAUGACCCAGAAAAUAGAAUUUUCAAAGUUCUGAGGUCGAGUGGAGUACCCCGUUAUCUACACAGUGGGGUACUCAUUGAUGGAGUUAUGUUCGCUUAUGGAGGUUGCACGCACAAUGAUUCAGACAAAAGUACUGGCGCUUUAUGCUUUUCACCUAGCUUUAUGGCUUACCACAUUUCAUGCGACACUUGGGAACAUGUAUCGCCAUCUGAUAUUACGAAUCAACCAAAUCGUUACGGCCAUAUUGCUGUGUCGGCAAUUUUAUCGCAGGACCAAUCGGAGAGCAUGAUCAUACAAGGAGGUUACGAUAGUACGAUGAUCAAUAAUAUAUUGAUUUAUCAAACUGCAUCGUGCACUGCAUAUUCAACUAAUGAAACUAAUUGCACAGGUACUCAUCACAAUGGUAUCUCUUGCGUAUGGAAUUCAACAAUUUUGAAAUGCACUCCUGCAGCAUAUUUCUUCAAUAGCAGUAAUACAGUAAACUCUUCUUGUGAAUCUGUAUUGAAUUCUUCCCCAUCUUAUUGUGAUAAAUUAAUAUCACCUGAAUCUUGUAUUAAUGCAGCAGAAAAAUGCAUGUGGUGUAAUAACAAGUGUAAGAAAGAUUGUGAGGAUCCAGUGAAAAUCGAAUCCUAUGUACCUAGUUAUUGUAAAAGAUUCCGAACAUGUUCGCAAUGCCAAAUUAAUUCAGAAUGUCAGUGGGUGUCAAAGGAUGGCUGCGUAAAAAGGAGAAAUAAUGAAACUUUAAACUGUGGUGCGACUUGUGGUUCUUACACUUCAUGUUAUGAUUGCACUGUUGGAAAAUCUUGCAUGUGGUGUGCAAACAGAGGAUUAUGUGUUUCUACAACAUCUUACGUUGUACAAUUCCCGUAUGGUGAAUGUAUGAAAUGGGAAAAUAAACACGACCAAUGUGAAAAAAUAGAAAGUUGUAACAAUUUACGGACGUGCGAUACAUGCCAAGAAAAUCCGUUUUGUGGAUGGUGUGACGAUGGAUCUGAAACUGGUCUAGGAACGUGCCAAAGUGGAUCGGCAAUUGGCUCGAAAACUAAUAAUGUGUCACUGAAUGUUGUUUCUGGGGCUGUGGCAGCCCAAUACAAUUCAUCGCUUCCAGUCUGUCCAGCAAAAAGUUGGUUUUUCACAGAUUGUCCAUUAUGUCAAUGCAAUGGUCACAGUACAUGCGUGAAUGAGACUUCAGAAUGCGAAUUUUGUCAGGACAACACUGAUGGUAAAGAAUGCGAACAAUGUAUCGAUGGAUACUACGGUGAAGCAACAAACGGUGGAACUUGUAAGGAAUGUGAAUGUUUUGACAGAGCUACUUUGUGUAAUAAUACGACUGGUGAUUGUUUCUGUUCAACAAAAGGAAUGACAGGUCCAAACUGCGAAAAAUGUGAAAACUCAGCAAAAUAUUAUGGUGAUCCUGUUAACAAUGGAACUUGUUUUUAUAGAUUGUUAAUCAAUUAUUCUUUUACAUUUACUCUGACACCAUCAAACGAUAAGUAUAUUACUUCAAUCAAUUUUGAGAACACACCCCCGACAGAUGGCAGUACAGAACUGAGUUUUGAAUCUCGUGAAAAAUGCAAUAUUCGUCUGACUGUAUAUUCUUAUAAACCAUUGGACAAACCAAAAAGAGUAAAACGCGAUAAUACAUCGCAAGAAGUUAUUGAGUACGAAGGUGUAGAAGUGGAAGUAACUGAGGGAAUUGGCGUCACUAAAUUUGGAUACUAUUUUUCUGGAAGUACUUAUGGAUUUGGUGAUUCAACAAUAAAUGCCACUAUCAGAAUUUAUGUCAGCAACUUCACAGUUCCAUCUUGGAUACAGGUUUCAUUGGUUCAGAGAAAUAAUUCUCUUCUUGUGUUGUUGCUCAUCUUAUUCUCAUGUUUCCUCGUAUUACUUCUACUCACUGCAUUGGUAUGGAAACUCAAAAUGUUAUAUGACGCAUGCCAGUUUAGACGACAACGUGCCGAACAACUUGAGCAAAUGGCAGCACGACCCUUCGGAACUGUACAUCUGUGUUUUGAGGAAGACAUUCAUAAAAAGGCCAACAAUAGUCCAGGUAUGUCAUCUCAAGACUUAGUACUAACAUCUGUAACUGAAGAGUUAUGCAGUGGUGGACAUGCUUCGGCUGUUUCCGUUAUUUUGUGGAUGCCGCAGGGUAUCCCAGAUUCUACAAGCAUGCACUCGAUGGAGGAAUACAAGAGCGUAAAUUCGAUUAAAGAACAAUUUACGAACGCAGGUACAUUAGCCAUUGGAAGUGCUUUAAUGUCAUCGAGCCAAAGAAGUCUUGCAUCUGAAAUCGAUAUGUCGACGCACGACAGGUCUGGCUCAGUGUCAAAAGCUAGAAAAUUGAAAGUUGUAUUCAAGAGAGGAGGUAGACGACGAACAACUGAGAGACGCUCGUCACAGCGCACCACAAACGAUCCUUGUGGUACGCAACACCAUAACCAAAGCAAUAACAGAGACAAUGAUAUACCGGUAGUUGUUGACAACAGUGCUGAAAAUAGGCCGGGACCCGCAGCAUCACAACCAACACGGCAACGAAGUAAGCGUGGUCCUUCUUUUACGUCGCUGAGAUCAAGGUCAGUUUCACCUACUGGCAGUGCUAUAGACAAUCGUGCGAAUGAGGCUCUGGAUGCAGCCAAUGAAACUUCGUCAUCUGUAACAAGGUCCAAUCCACUUAGGCCACACCCCAUAAUAUUAGCAUUUGACAAUCCAAAUGAUCACGUCACUGUGUAGAACUAGUGUAUAAAUUUUUCUUUGGUAGAUUAUUUUCCUCGCAAAUCAAGUGAUCAGAAAUAUAUACCGGCAUUUUCAUAUAAGACUGACUGCUGGUGUUGGAAUGCCAACCACAAUAACUCGCUUGAAUAUGCUGACGCAAAAUUCCAUUUUAUGCAAAUAUCUAACAAUGGUAAUGUGAUUGAUAUAGAGUUACCUUUUUUUUUUUUAAUUUCUGCCUCUACAGAUAUCUUGUUAAGUUCAAGUGAAAAUAAUAUUUAGUUAUAAAUAAUGCUUAAUCACCAGAUAUUGAAUGGAACAAAACGAACCAAUCUUUUCAGAUAAGACUAUAGGAAUUUCAUCUAUAUUCGCUAAGUGUAGACAUUUUUGAAUUCGUCACUAUUGCAAUUCAGACAACUUGAUUAAAUUUUCAUUCCAAGAAUUGACUAUACAGAGCCCAAAAACAUGUUUCAAAUAUGGGGUGACCCCUCAAAAAAACAGAACCCAUGUCGUUUGAAAAAAAGAAAACAAUUUUUGUACAGAGCGUCCUUGAUUACUGAAACAACUCAAGUAUUAAGUAAAUUUUUGUAGAAGUACUUUUUGGGCUUGGUUUUUUUUUUUUGGUUAACCUCAUAUCAUUCCAUGAUAGAAAUGACUCAAUAUUUUCAUUGAAAAAAUACUGUUAAUUUUUCGUUAUUUGGUACACUAUUUUUCCUCGCAUUUCUAAUUCCCUGAAUCUCUCAAAAAUGACCAUAUCGUGUCUUAAUAAAAGCACCUCAAAACCACCAACAAUGUAACUAACAUAAACCAAAUAUUUGAAGUUCUCUUUGUGGUUGGACGAACCAAGUUACCCAUUCUGCACUUAAAUACUAUUUUUCGCUCUUUUUUUUUACUUUUUGUCAUUACUGUUCAUUGAAUUGUUGUCAUAAUUUGCAGAUCCGCUAGGAUUAAGGGUGAUACGUUUGUGUUUAAUCGAUCUGAAUAGUUUUCAUAUUAUUAUUUUAAAAGAUUUGGUAUUGAUUGUUCAUCUACCAUCAAUUUAUAAAUGUUAAAGGAGGCAUUCUCAAUUGUCAUAAAUAUCAACAUUCAUUUUUGGCUUUGCUUAAUGAACCAUAUUCUAUUUUCGGCGCUCCAGAAGUAUGUGUACCAAUAUGGAGGUAACUAAUUUUGUUCUCCCAUUUUACAUCAAGUUAUGUAAAGGGACUGAAACCUAUCAACAGGGGAUAUUGACUUGGCUAACAAAGAAGGUCCCUGCACUCGUCAUAGAAAUAAAGAAAGGAAAAUCGAAUAAAAUUAUGGCUUAACCUGGCACACAUACUAAAGGAGUACCCAAUUUACUAUCAUCAAUGCAGGAAUAGUCUAUUUUUAGGAUGCUUACGACCAAAUCCUUUCAGCAUCAAUACUUGAUUAGACUUUCAAAGAUCAAAUGUAAUCAUUGCCAAUGAUAUAAAUUUAUGUCUAUGCGCAAGCAGUAAACUUUGGUUUGAUGAUAUGACAACAAACAGGUAAGACUUGAAAAUAGAUUUUAUUCUUUUGUUCGUCUACGUUUUUGUAACUUAUGCACAUUGAAUGAAAUAAUCAAUAUAUGUAGUGUGACAAACAUUUGUGU